GUGACGACAUUCAUCGUAAUCACUAAGGAGGUGUGGCAGUUUAUUCAGUGUGAAAAAGGGCUGUUGUGGAAUUUGAGCUGGCAUUCAAGGUUCAUCCAACGCAGGAGGUCAAAAUGAAGAGUUUGGUUGGGUAUUGUGUGCUCAUUUUGGCAUUUCUUUUGAGCUGCACAGAACAGACUAAGAAACGCCAGAAGGUGCUUUCUUCUCAAGGAACAGACUGUACACAGAUAAAGGUUCUCUUGCCACAAGCAUCCAGUGGCGUUUAUGUAAUCCAGCCUCACGGAGUCAGCACCCCAUUUAAGGUGUACUGUGAGAUGAGGUCAGAUGGAGGCUGGACAGUGUUUCAGAGGCGCAGUGGCGGAGCGGUUUCCUUCAACAGGAAAUGGGCCGGAUAUAAAAAGGGUUUUGGAAACUUAACACAGGACCACUGGCUCGGUCUGAAGAAGCUUUUCUCUCUGACCAAGUACAAGACCAAGAAGUGGACCAUGAGGGUCGACCUGUGGGACCACGAAGAGGGCACUGCUUUCGCCGAGUACAGACACUUCAGAUUGGGCAACGAAAAAGAAGCUUUUAAACUCCAUGUUGGGACAUACCAAGGAAAUGCAGGUGAUGCCAUCCGUGGUGCCUAUUCGGGCAUCGACCAGAAUGGCUACGGCUUCAGCACCACCGAUCGCGACAAUGAUGGCUGCUCCCCGUGCAUCUUUGGUGACAUCGCUGAAAAUGAAUGUACCAAUUCAGACGGCGGCGGUUGGUGGUACAGCCGCUGUGGCUCUGCCAGUCUGAACAGCGACUGGCAUGCUGCAGGUGAUCACAUCGGCUGGGCGUCAGGCCUCUACUGGCAUACCUGGAAGAAUCCUGCGCCUUACUCCUUGAAGGCCACCAGAAUGAUGAUCAAGUCUGUGUGAGAGGAGCCACAUUGCUAGCUUUUGUUGUAACACAGCAUUACAUUUUAGCCAUUUCAAAAAUGAUUUUUUAUAUCAUCAUCAUUUAAAUCAAUUUGUUUUUCGUUUUAGAUACUGGUGGUACUAACACUUCCAGCGUGUGUCUGCCUUAGGAGAUUGAUUCUUCUUUAUAUUCUCCUAAUUUCUUUAUGCCAGGAGUCUGAGGUCACCAUUGAGGUGUCCCCUUAAAUAACAAAAACAUUCAAAUGAAAACUGAUGGACGCCCAUAAUUUGAUUUAUAGGCAUCCCUAAAAGUCUUGUAUUCUUACAAAUGGUUGCUACAUUAAUCAACCAAACAUCUGAACUUUAUAAAAAUCUAUUUUUAAAACUUAUCAUUUUACGGUUUUAUUUUUGUUGUACAUUUGCUGAGGAUUUUGACAGAAUUAAUGAAUGAAAGUCCACAUUUUUAAUGCACAGUUUGUACACCAGUUUGAUUAUGAAAAAAUCAGAGUCUUAAAUACAUAUUCAUUAAAUAGUUUUGUUUGCAGAA